AAAACUGGCGAAUUAGAACUAUGGAAUCACAUUAGAAGUAUUGCACGUACUUAUGAUGAAUUAAAUAUUUAAUAAUUGGAUACUCAUUUAUCCGAGUUUCCUUAAACAUAACUGUGAUUAAUAAACGCAUUUCAAAAUUUAUAUUGGAGGAAUAUAUUAAUAAAGUCCAUAUAAAAUUGUGCAACAUCUCUACAAUCUCAAUUGUUCAGCUAAUUGUGCUCACGACCAGAAUGUGUCCCCUAUGGCCGUUGCACCUGAUCAUAUUGUACCUGCUAGCGUUGGGUCCGCUAUGGGUACUCUGCGAAUCUAUGCCUAACAUCAUAGCGUCGUUCGACCCUAAAGAAAUCGAGAUCAACAUGGGAGACAACUACUUCGUGCAUGUUAAUAUAACUGGUACGGGCCUGAAACCAAACGACGAGAUAAUAGCGAGGGUGGACAAAACGCACAUAGCGGACACCGAGUGGAACACUUCGUAUCGUUUGACAGAGGAAGACGCAAAUGGAGGCCUGUUUACGGGCCUACUCAAAGUCAACGCUAAUUUCAUAGGUAGAACAAAGAUAGCGAUAGAAGCGAAGAGGGAGAAAGAGAGUUACCCAGCGAAUGAUACGAUGUCGGUGAUCGUGGUCCGACCUUCGAGGGUCAUAGACAAGCUGUUUACUACCAGUGUCGCUGUAUUUGUGUCGCUUAUCUUCAUAAACUUCGGUUGCGCAAUGCACUGGCCGACAGUUAAGGAGGUGCUGAUCAAACCAGUGGGACCGAUCAUCGGAAUGUGCGGACAGUUCUUGUUCAUGCCACUGAUCUCAUUCGGUUUGGGCUAUCUAAUAUUUCCGGAGUCCCCAGCUAUGCGUUUGGGCAUGUUUUGUGUGGGGGUGUCGCCUGCGGGAGGGGCGUCCAAUAUAUGGACGUUUAUUUUAGGAGGAAAUCUCAAUUUGUCACUCGCCAUGACGUCUAUUUGUACUAUAGCAUCUUUUGCAUUCAUGCCGGCCUGGCUGUUCUCGCUGGGGCAAAUAGUGUUCGCGAACGCGAGCAUAGUGGUGCCGUACCCGCGGAUAGCGACGUUCGUGGUGGGGCUGAUCGCGCCGCUGGCGGUGGGGCUGGCGAUGCAGCGGCUCGCGCCGCGCGCGGCCGCCUUCAUGGUGCGGAUACUGAAGGGCUUCUCCACCACGCUGCUGCUGUUCGUCAUCGUGUUCGCUAUCGUCACCAAUCUGUAUAUAUUCGAGCUGUUCACGUGGCAGAUAAUAGUAGCCGGCAUGGGCAUACCCUGGCUGGGCUACGUGGCUGGCUACCUGGUGGCGGUGGCGUGCCGGCAGAACCAUCCGGAUGCCCUCGCGAUAUCCAUAGAGACGGGCAUCCAGAACACGGGGAUUGCUAUAUUCCUGCUGAGAUACGCGCUGCCGCAGCCCGAGGCCGAUCUAACGACUGUUGUUCCUGUAUCAGUGGCCAUAAUGACGCCGAUUCCUAUGACGCUAAUUUAUAUAUAUCAGAAACUAAAGAGCUGUAGUACGGAAGCAUGCGAAGAAGAAACGAGCACAAAAAAAUCAUCGAAGAUAGCUCACCAGUAUCAGAAGGAGCAAACACCGGCUUCGAUGGAACCGUUGAUGUCGCAAAAUAGAGAGGAAGAGGGUUGGUCAUCAUCAUCAUAGUUGAAGAUGCUUCAUCAUCGACAUUUUUCUUUUCUUUUUCAUUUUUUCUUAUAUGUAUAGGGUGUUCCUGAGAAUUUAAAAUAUAUUAAAAAUAAAAUUAAUUAUAAUUAAUUAUGUUAAUUUUAAUCAUUUAGAUUGUCAAGUGUGUUCUUCAGAAACACCCGUAUAAGUUUAAACACUUCUAGUAUAUAUUUUCUUUUUUUUUUUUGUAUACAUUUCGUUGUAUAUGUUAUUAUGUAUUGUUAAAUGCUGUGUUGUAUAAUACAUAUAUUAUUUAAUUUAAUGCCGCAAGAGACAGUGAAACUCUUUUGGUGCUCAAUUUUUUUAAUAAUAUAUAUAAUGUAUAUAAAUAUAUAUUUCAAACAGCGUGCCAAUCAUUUAUGUUGCUUUUAUGUAUGUAUGUAUCUUUUUUACUAUGGUACGGUGGGUUUAAAUUGGUUAAAUCGGAUAUGAUAAAAAAUGUCGUUUGAUUGUAUAAAUAUAGAAAUGAAUUUUAAUUCUCCUAUGACAGUAUAACACAGAAUAAAUGAUUUGCACGCCUUUUGAAUGAAUAAUAAUUGGGUUCUAUGAAUAAUUCAGAAAAGAUAAUUUUUCCUUACGGAUGACGGAGAUUUCGUUUAGAUUUUUUAUGUCCGAAUUCAAUCGCCCGUAAGUUAAAAUAAUUGUAUUUAGGCCCAGACCGCACAGACAGGCGGCUUGCUAGCUCGAGCCUAGCGAGUCACUUAGCGAGUGGGUUAGUAAAACGAACGAUCUAGAAUGUUCGUGACUUGCACACGCGGAGCGGCUAGCUAGACGCCAAGCGCGUAGGGCAAGCAAGUAGCCAGUCUGUGCGGACACGGCCUAAAGAAAUCAAACUCGAAUCGAAAGAAACAAGCCUUCAUAUGUUUUGGCUCUAAUUGUCAAUUGAAGAUGAUUACUUUUAGUGCGCGUGAAAAUUUGUGUGAUUUUUUUUUUUGUUUUUGUUUUUAUUAGACCGUUUUGGAUGUAUUUAUUGAAAUUUUAUUGGAAUUGUGACGGAUGAUAAUGUUAUAUCGUAUGUUACCACUGUUCGGUUUUUUGUUCGUUAUUAGAAAUUUUAUGUGACCAAUGCUACGAGAAAAUAUUUCCGAUUUUAUUAUAUUGCUAUAAAGAAGUUAUUCCUUGUUAUAUUUAUUAAUAUUCAUAUCUGUAUGUUUAUUUUAUGAUUUUUGUGUAAUUUUAAUUAUAUUUUAAAUCAAUGUAAGGCAAACUUAAAAAAAAAAGCUUUUUAUAACAGUUUAUUUUUCAAUUCUGUCUGAGUUUUAUAAGUGAAGUUUAUAUGAAUUUACUUUCUACUCAAGCUUAUAAAAUCGUAGAUUGACAGAGUGAGAUGCAUAUAUUCCGCUCUGUUUCAAUACGAUCAAUAUUUAUUGACCUAUUUUAUCUAUAUGUUUAUAAAAAGCGGAACUGCAUGUAAUUAUAAACAUUUUAAAUUCGUGUCACAAAUAAUGGAAUGCAAGAAAUUUGUUUUAAUUGAAAUAAAAUCAUGUUAAUAAACGUUUUCGUUGUGUCUAAGAUCUCAGUUUGUUUAAUACAUAUGGAAGAGUGGGGAUUUUUUUAUAUGAACAAACCAAAAACAAAUUAAUAUAAUACAUUUGAAAUUAAUUUGAUUUAUUUUUCGUAUCGAUUUUUGUUUACUUUGAAUUUCUUACGAAAAUAUAUCGUUAUAUAUCGUUGCUUGAAUUUAUAAAUGAAAUUAUUAAAAUGUCAUAUUUAAAUUCCCCACUCUCUGAUAUAUCGUAGUAGUGGUUCACAUGCCUCGUUGUUAAGAGCAGAAUGUGAAGAGAUAGUUAUGUGGUUGUUAUGAGAUCAGUAUUUAUGUUGUUUUAAUGUAUAAAAAUACAUUUUGAACGACAAAA